AUGGUGAUUGCUGGGAUUCUAUCCAAGGCUGAAAUGAAGGUGGAAGAUUGGGAAAAUGUUGCCAAAGAUGUAGCAUUAUCAUCAACUUUAUAUGAGGAGCAAAAUUGUGAGAAAAUACUUUUGUUGAGUUACAACCACUUGCCUGAAAAUUUGAAGACUUGCUUCUUAUAUUUAGGAGUAUUUCCAGAAGAUUAUGAGAUUUCGGCUAGAACAUUAGUUGGACAUAGGGCCGCAUGGAAUUUUGUAAAAGAUGAGGCUUUGAUAGCAAACAAGAAAGAAGAAGUGGCAUGGCAAAAGUUGCAAGAUCUUAUUGAUAGAAAUUUAAUUUCAGUGGAAAAAAGGGGAUGGAGUGGAAGAAUAAAGACGUGUAAGAUCCAUGAUCUUACACGUGAGAUGUGCUUGAGACUAGCUAAAGGCAAAAAUAUAUUGCAUGCCAUUGAUGACAAGUUUCAAGUUGGACAGUCUUCCAAAGAAAUAAGUCAAGAAAAUGGCAAUUUUUGGGACGCUAAGCAUCCCAUUGACUUAGUCCAUACUUUGAGCCAUUUCAAACAGCUUGAAAACAUCAAGUUUUAUGGAACUAAAUCAUUAAAGAAAAUCGCGCUAGUUCCAAAACCAUAUGAUUUUCCACCGAAGCUCAAGAAGUUGAAAUUUUCUGUGACUAUGAUGAAAUUGGAGAUCAUGACCAUCCUUGGAAGGCUACCUAACCUCCAAGUUCUCCAACUAGAAAAGGAUGCUUUUGAUGAUUCAGAGACCGAGUGGGAACAAGUUGAAGAGGGGUUUCCAAAAUUAGAAGUGUUAGUCUUCAAAGAUCAAACUCUUUGUAGAUGGAUAGACUGCUCUUUCUCUUUCCCACGCCUUGAGUGUCUGGUGCUAAAGAGUUGCCGUAGCUUGGAAUCACUCCCGUAUGAUUGCCUCUCUGGAUGUCCAUGCCUUAAGCUCAUUGAGUUGGAAAGGUGUGAUUAUAGUGUUUUAGAGUCUGCAAAGAAAAUUCAAAAUGAUGGAGAUGGCCUGCUCGAGGUCCGCUAUUUUGAGAGGUUAUUUGCACGCCAGACGUCAAGGAAUCCCUCAUUUUGA